ACUAGGUGCGUCGGCUGUCGCGGUGGCUCCUGGGAAGGUUAUAGGCGGCCGAUCGGGUUUGAGGUCGUAGGUGUCAGUGGACAGUCAAAACUGUGUUAGAACAGUGAGCCCAUAGUAUUUGUUGACCGGCCGCCCAUGCAAAAGAUGUUGUCUCUCCUGUCCCGUGUGCUGAAGGGCACAGCCCAGAAACCUGUCACUGCUGUUCGUGUAAUGGUGGCGUCCCGUAACUAUGCAGACUUUGCAUCAGAAGCUACGUUUGACGUUAAGAAAUGUGACGUUCAUCGUUUGGAAGAGGGACCUCCCACCCAGGCCGUUCUAACUCGAGAACAGGGGCUCCAAUAUUACAGGACUAUGCAGACAAUCCGACGCAUGGAGCUGAAAUCAGAUCAACUGUACAAGCAAAAGAUCAUCCGAGGAUUCUGCCACCUUUAUGAUGGACAGGAAGCAUGCUGCGUAGGUCUCGAGUCCGGUAUCAAUCCCACAGAUCACUUAAUUACUGCUUAUCGUGCACAUGGUUAUACCUACACACGAGGAGUGUCUGUGAAGGAAAUCCUAGCUGAGCUGACGGGAAGAAAAGGUGGCUGUGCCAAAGGAAAGGGAGGCUCCAUGCAUAUGUAUGCUAAGAACUUCUAUGGUGGGAAUGGAAUUGUGGGAGCUCAGGUUCCCCUUGGAGCAGGUGUUGCUUUGGCUUGUAAGUUUUUCGGAAAAGAUGAGAUCUGUGUGUCCUUGUAUGGUGAUGGUGCUGCUAAUCAGGGACAGAUAUUUGAAACCUAUAAUAUGGCCGCUCUGUGGAAGCUGCCCUGUAUCUUUAUUUGUGAGAAUAACAGAUACGGCAUGGGGACAUCUGUGGAGAGAGCAGCAGCCAGUACAGACUAUUACAAACGAGGAGAUUACAUCCCAGGCCUUAGAGUUGAUGGUAUGGAUGUUCUGUGUGUUCGAGAAGCCACUAAGUUUGCAGCUGAUCACUGCAGAUCUGGAAAGGGUCCUAUUUUAAUGGAACUUCAAACUUACCGUUACCAUGGACACAGCAUGAGCGAUCCUGGUGUAAGUUACCGUACCAGAGAAGAAAUUCAGGAAGUGAGAAGUAAAAGUGAUCCGAUCACCCUUCUUAAGGACAGAAUGUUAAACAACAACCUGUCUAGUGUGGAGGAAUUAAAGGAAAUUGAUGUGGAAGUGAGGAAAGAGAUUGAGGAAGCUGCUCAGUUUGCUACCACUGACCCCGAACCUCCACUAGAAGAAAUUGCAAAUCACAUUUAUCACAAUGAGCCCACCUUUGAUGUCAGAGGAGCAAAUCUCUGGAUCAAAUACAAAUCAGCUAGUUAAACCUCUUUAGUCCUCCUCUGGUCAAUGCUGUCUGUUACGUUAAGGCCAUUUUAAUGGAUACUGGCUCAUGUUUGCUCCUCGCUGCUGAAAUGAGGACACGUGCAAUUCUUUAUGGUCCACCAGUAACGUCAUCCACUUUGGACUUUGUUUUAACACGUAAGGACUUGGCAUGUGUUUGGAUUAUAGGAAAAUGCCUUAAUGUUUUCAGACAGAAAGCAGAUAUCGAUCCAUUUUAUUUCAGCGCACUCAUUACAGAGAACAAGUGCCCCAGAAGACCCUGAGCUGUUUAUUUCCAUGGUUUUCCCUCAGAUUCUGGUUGGGAAAAGUUGUCUUAUAAUGUAUCUUAGAAUUUAAAGCUCCGCCUUCUUCAUAUGAAAUGUUAUAUAUUUAUAGGAUCCUAAUUUUAAAGUCUGCUAAUUAUGACUUGCCAUUUUUUGUCAUAUAUUUGUGGAAUCAUUUAUUUGUCUGUUUCAUUAAAAUUGGCCUCAACACAA